AUGAAGGCCUCCUUUCACAAGUAUCGACACCAUCGUCAUGUCGUAUUGGAAGCCAUGAAAGGUCCACACGGAGCGAAUGCUUUUAAAUAUGCUUCUCGAGAGUUGAGGACUGGUCAAGAGAUGAUCCUUCAAGCUCUCUCUUUGUUUGAGCCACCAAAUUUGAAUGAUUACUUUUCUUUGUUGAUGAAGAAAUCACAAAGUGAAACAUUGAAUGAGAAGGAUGAUGAAAUUCUUUCUCUAUUACUGAAAUUGUAUCCAAGUGCUUUUUUGAAAUAUUAUUUCCACAGCAGUGCAGCAACCAUGAGAACAACACCAAAUGCAAUCACAAAAUAUCUCAGCAAUGAUCUGCAUGUCGUUGAAGACUCUUUACAAGUUCUUGAAAAAGCUCUCAUUCUCAAAGCCAUGUCCUUCAAUCCAAAGGCUCUUCUGUUUGUACCACCUUCGUAUCUGUACGAUCGUGAAGUUAUUCUCACAGCUGUAAAAGCGAAUGGAAGUUGUCUUUCGAAUGCUGAAAUGGCACGUCAUUUUCUCGACGAUGAAGAAAUUGUGAGACAAGUACUCGCAAAUGAAACACUUGCUCAUUUUUCAUUGGCAAGUCCAAAUUUAAGGAAUAAUAAGGAAUUUGUCAUGAGCAUUCUGAGCAGUAAUCCUUCCUCAUUUGUGUAUGCUUCAAAAAGGUUGAGAAGUGAUCGAGAGGAAUUGAUUCGGCAGGCAGUUCAACAAGUUGCUGGAACGCGCUUUUCUUUGGAAGAAAUUGAAGAAAUUUGUGAAGAGGCACGACAGAUGGCACCUCAAUCUUCUGAUUUUGAAUUAUUUCCAACCUACACUAGAACACAGUUUUUGAGAGCAGUUUGUGUGGAUGCUUCUGCGUUGGAUCGAUAUCAAUAUCAAUUUGGUGAAGCCAUCACGAAUGAUGACACAACUAUGGAUCCUGUAAUCGUUCAAGCUGCAAAAUAUGGACGUUUCAACAAGGUGUGCAAAAAUAUUAACGAGUUGAAUGAAUUGUAUCUCGUGAGAAUGAAUUUCGAAUAUGAUGGAUGUGACAUUCCAGACCAUUACAAAACACUUCGAUGGGAAAUAUUGCCUGCAAGUGGAGAAGAACAUUAG